GUUGAUUCGGUGCAUCGCGGAAACCGAAGUGCCCUCGUGAUGCCGCGUGUGUGGAGUGGAGAUCGGCGGGGCGCAGCCGCCGCGCAGGUACAAGCGCACCGCGAGCGCGCAAGUUUUCUCCAAACCGAGGAUGCCAAGAGAGACGGCGUUAUCUCCAGCCGCUUGGUGGACACUUGAAGAAGGGGGAAGCCUGAACUUUGAAGCUAAAGCUGGGAGUAUUUGACGCUACCCACUGAACAUGCCUUUCAUCUGCACUCUAGGAUUUAAAAGUUCGCAAAAAUGAAGUUCGGCAAAAGCGUCUGUAUCAUAAACGUGGGUGGCACCAAGUAUGCUUUUCCAAAGGACGUAAUCAAGGAUUUCCCUUUGAGGAGAGUGAGUCGUCUCCACAGUUGCGCCUCAGAGAGAGAAGUGCUGGAAGUGUGCGAUGAUUACGAUAGAGAGAGGAACGAGUUCUUCUUUGACAGACAUUCAGAAGCGUUCGGCUUCAUUAUGCUGUACGUGAAGUACGGCAAACUGCGCUUCGUCCCGCAUAUGUGCGAGCUGUCGUUUUACAACGAGAUGAUCUACUGGGGUUUGGAAACCUCUCAUUUGGAGUUCUGCUGCCAGCGGAGACUCGACGACCGCAUGUCCGACACGUACACUCACUUCAUCGAGGAGCACCACGGAACGGACGAUGAAUUCAGGACGGAUGCAUCGUCAAACGGGAAGCGCGACUCAAAGUGGCUGGAGCGAAUGCGCAGGACUUUCGAAGAGCCCACCUCCUCCCUGGCCGCGCAAAUUUUGGCGUCCGUGUCGGUGAUUUUUGUCAUUGUGUCCAUGGUAAUGCUUUGCGCGAGCACUCUUCCAGACUGGAAAACUGCCGAGAGCAACAUAGUGGAAGAGCACAGCUGUAAAAUAUCCCACAGGGGUCGUUGA